GGCGUCGUGCGUCCCAUGUGAAUGCUGUCUCAACUCUCAACCUGUGUGUGUUCAAUCAAACACAGCCGGAAAAAGGACCAGAUUGACGGAGCAAAGUUGCCGGCAGCUGUGAAUCAGUGUGCGAUCCAUCGCUUUCUUCCCCACACCCCACACCCCCAACCCCGACCCCAGAUCAGAUCCCUCCCCUCCUCCCCCUGCCCAGCUGACACUCAUCCGGAUAGCGACACUCCCUCCCACCGCCACCGUCGCCGUCCGCCGGCCGCCAUGGGCUCCUCCCACCGCCACCUGAUGCGCCUGCUCGACGACCCCUUCUUCCCCUUCCCCCCACCACCGCCCACCUCCUCCCUCUCCUCCUCCUGCCCCUUCCUCCCUCCCCCACCCCCAUCCCCCUUCGCCUUCCCCCACCACCCCGACCUCCUCGACCUCUACCUCCCCGCCGACCCCUUCUUCGCCCCACCACCCCUGCCCUCCCCGCACGCCUUCCUCCUGCACGACCUCACCGACCGCGUCGCCGCCCUCGAGCUAACCCUCGCGGCCCGCGCGGCCGCCCCGCAGCCCGCGCGCCGUAAGUACACCUACGCGGCGGCCUCCCCGGGGGGCCGCAAGGUGAAGUGGACGGCGGAGGAGAAGCCGCGCGGCGGGGGCCGGGCGCUCAAGUGGGAGGCGGAGCUCGCCUCCCCCAACGACGACGGAUUCGACCGCAAGUGGAAGUGGGAGGCCAAGUCCAAGCCCGGCUCCGGCAAGGCCAAGACCAAGUGGGGCACCGAGAUCAAGGGCAAGGGCUCGCUCGAGCCAUGGUCGCACGCAUACACCUGGGAGGAGGACUUCACCGCCUCCGACGACGACGAGGACGAGGGCGAGUACGGGCAGAUUGAGGAGCGCAAGCCGGAGAAGAAGAAGAAGGAGGACAAGCCCAAGAAGAUCAAGGAGGAUGACAAGAAGAAGAAGAAGCCGGCGAGGACGUGCGUCCAGAUCGAGGAGAUCCCCGAGGACAACACCGCCGGCUGCGACGCCAUCCGCAAGGCCUUUGCCAUGGGGAACGGCAAGGGGAAGGCCAAGGAGCUGUCGCCGCAGGACGCCGCGCUGCUCAUCCAGAUGAACUACAGGGCGCACCUCGCCCACCGCUCCCAGGUGCUCCGCUGCCUGCGCGACCUCGCCGUCGCCAAGGCCAAGCUCAAGGAGCUCAGGUCCCUCUUCUACAACCUCUCCUACAGGCGCCGCCUCUCGCAUGACCACGAGGAGCGCCAGAGGUUCUCCGAGAAGAUCAUUGUCCUGCUCCUCACUGUCGAUGCGCUCGAGGGACCUGACUUCAUGGUGAGGACGGCAAAGAAAUCUAUGCUGGAGGAACUCGAGAGCAUGCUGGAGAUCGUGGACCCGCAGCCUCCAGGGAAGCAGAGGUCGUUCAGCCGCCGCAAGUUUGAUCUUCCGGAGGGCGGAGCGAUCCCGAAUGAGAAAACUGCGGGUGUGAACAACGCGGUCAGGGUCAUCAACACUGGCAAGGGCAAGCAGUAGGCACUAGCGCCUAGUUUAGUGGCCGGUACCAUUGUCGAUUGAUGGAGCUUGUAGCGCCGCUUUGUCUGUUAGAUAGUCCGGUUCAUCUUAGAUUUCCAGUGUCUUUGAGAUUUGAGAAAGAUUGAACUUGUUGUGUACCAUCAUUCGGGAUGUCGUAGCGUGUAUGAUCCAUAUCGUUUGUUUGGACUUGUUGUAAUGUAUGCUGUUGUUGAACUACCAGUAGAAGAGUUUGGUGCUUUAAUUA